AAUGGAGAAACACCAUUCUUUUUGGCUGUUGAAGGAGGUCAUGAAGAAUGCAGCAAAGUGCUACUGGCAGCAGGAAGUGAUGUGAACAUUCCAAAUAAACUCAAUGUCAGUGUUCUGCAGAUAGCCACCCAGCAUGGCCACACAUCCCUUGUCAACUUUCUUCUCAGUGAGAAUGUUGAUCUACACCAGAGGAUGGAAUGUAAGGAGUCCCCUCUUCAUUUAGCAGUUAUCAACAACCACAUCACAGUGGUCAACAGCUUAUUAGGCGCUCAGCAUGAUGCUGACAUCCUAAAUCAGAGGCAGCAAACUCCUCUGCAUGUGGCUGCUGACCUUGGCAAUGUGGAAAUGGUGGAGACCCUGCUGCAGGCGGGAUGUGACUUGAAGAUUGUGGACAAGCAAGGGAGGACGGCCCUGGCAGUGGCCUCCAGGAGCAGUCACAGUCUUGUGGUGGACAUGCUUAUUAAAGCCGAGAGGUACUACGCCUGGAGAGAGGAGCAUGGGAAGAGCACCCAGGACCCCUCAGCAGGUACGCUGACAUUCAAGCAAGACCACAGUCUGGGGACCAGGCAUAUCCGAAUGCUCCUCUGGAACUUGGCUUACCAUCAGCUGAAAGUCAAUGAGUGGCAGAGGCUGGCCCGCUCAUGGGACUUCACAGAUGACCAGAUCAGAGCCAUCGAGCAGCAGUGGUCAGGAAACAAAAGCUUCCGUGAACAUGGCCACAGGGCUCUGCUCAUCUGGCUGCACGGUGCCCUGAUGACGCAGCCUGACCCAGCCAAGCACCUGUACAAAGAGCUGGUGCGCGCAGGCUUUCCAGAGCUGGCUGAAAAGAUUCAUCAAUUCAAAAGCAAAACUGACUCAAGCUCCAAGAAAUGUGUGGUUUCUUAG